AUGCUAACAGCACAAGAAAUUUAUCGUGCAUUAUUAAAUAAUAAACAUAAACCACGACGAAUACUUUGUUUUUUUCGAGAAUUAAUUGAUAUUGAUGAACUUGAUUCAAAAUUUCAUGACAAGGAAGAUAAAAUUGAAUCAAAACAAUUACUUCAUGAUAUUAAAAAUUUACUUCAACAAUCAGUUGAUUCAUCAGAAAUUUAUACAUAUAAAUUACAAUGGAAAAAUGAAAAUGAUCGAAAAAACUAUUUAUCGAAAUUUUUCGAUGAUUUUUAUCAAGCAGUUAAAUUACAAAUUGAUUUUCAUAUGAAAAUAUAUGAAAAUAAACAAGAAAAUUUAUUAUAUAAUCAGAUUAUAGAACAUGCUAUUCAAUGUAAUUCAUUAGUACAACGAUUCUUUCCUCGGCCGGAAGUUUUUCAACAAAUUAAAACAUAUAUUACAUCAUCAACAAAUUAUCCUUGUGUUUUACUUGGAUAUUCAGGUACUGGAAAAUCAUCAAUUAUGGCAAAACUUGUUAAUGAAAUUCCAAGUUGGUAUUCACAAACGAAUAAUGUAUCUGUUAUUGUACGUUUUUUGGGUGCAACUCCAUCAUCGAGUGAUAUUCGUCGACCGUUGAUAUCUAUUAUUGAACAAAUUUGUAUGAUUUAUCAUUUAAAUAUUCCAACAAAUUUUGAUAAUGUUAAAGAAAUUUUUGAGAAUAUUUUAUUACGUAUACCAAAAGAUGAAAAUCUUAUUCUUCUUCUUGAUUCAAUUGAUCAACUUCAAACUGUUGAUUUAAUUAAUUUAUCAAAAUGGUUGCCAGAAAAAUUUCCAUCAUCAUCAUCGAAUGUUAAAUGUAUAUUUUCAACAAUUUCUGAUAUUGAAGUUGGAAUGGAAAGAAAAAAAAUUGAUAUUUAUAAACAAUUACAAACUAUUUAUAAAGAUGGUUUGCAAGAAAUAGAAAUAAAAUCGUUUGAUGAAAAUAUUGCCGAAGAAGUAUUAUAUUCUUGGCUUAAACAAGAUCGACGUUGUUUAACAACUAUACAACAUGAAUGGCUUAAACCAAAAUUUACUCGACGACAUCAAAUUGAUCCACUUUUUCUUUCACUUCUAUAUGAUCAAACAUUAACAUGGCAUUCAUAUGAUGAAAUUCCUGAUAAAACAUUUUUAUCUAUAGAAUAUACAGGUGAUGCAAUUGAAUAUUUAUAUGAUCAAUUAGGUAUGAAACAUGGUCCAAUUUUAUUUCGACGUUCAAUGCAUUAUCUUCAAUUAUCUGGCGGUUUAAGUGAAGUCGAAAUUGAAGAUAUUCUUUCAUUAGAUGAUGAAAUUUUACAAUCAGUUUUUAUUCAUUAUUUACCACCAUUAGAAUUAUUUCGAUUACCAUCAAAUUUAUGGAUUCGUAUUCGAAAUGAUAUGCAUAAAUAUUUAGUAGAAAAAGAUAUUGACAAUGUUCCUUGUGUUUAUUUUUAUCAUCGAGCUUUUCAACAGCAUGAGCCAUGGAAAGGUGAACAAGGAAUGAAGUAUCGUAGAGACAAAGCCAUAUUAGAAAAAAUCCGUCUUGAAUAUUUUGCUAAUCAAUAUAAAACAACAUUUGAUAUGAGUUAUUCAUCAAAAUUAAUGACAAAAUACGAAUUUUCAGAACCAAUAAUUCCAGUUAAUCGUUGUUUAACUCAACAACAAUCUUUCGAAGAUAAAUCGAAGAAACAAUAUAAUCUUCGACGUUUUCAUCAAUUAUAUAUUAAUAUAGCUCGUUAUGAUUAUGUUCAUCAUGUAACUUUAUUUAAUCUAGAUUUUCUCUCAGUAUUACUUCUUUGCGGGGAAUACAAAAUAACUGAUUUCUUAUAUGAAUUCACAAUGAUGAAUUAUGAUGGAAUUGGUGAAUCGAAAUUUCUUUUAAAACAAUUUGAAAUAUCAUUAAAUAUAUUAAAUCAAUAUCCAAAUAAUCUUUCAUUUGAAUUAGUUUAUCGUUUAUUUCCAUUUCGAAAUCAUUUAUAUGAAUUAUUAUAUAAAUUACUUGAACAAUGUUUAAUCGAUUGUCCACUUUUAUUAAUUACAGAUGAUGAACGACCACAAUAUUUAAUGAAAUGUUCAUUAUCAAAUAUAAUCUAUUCGAAAAUUUCACCAUUUUCUUUAUUUAUCAUAACUGAUGAUAGUAAAUUUUAUCGAUUGAAUAAUUAUUAUAGAACAACAGUGAAUCAAUUUGAUAUUGUAUACAAAAGAAAAGUAAGACAAGAAAAAUUAAUAUCGGGUUUACAUGAUAAUGGAUAUAUAUGUUGUCUUACAUCGAAUUAUGAAAUGAUAUCAAUGAAUACUUCAACAAAAGAAUUAAUUAUGCAAAUUCCAUGUAAUCAUUUAAUUGCAUUUAUUAAAAAAGAAAUAAUUUUUAUUAUUUCAUCAUCGAAUCAUAGUUUACAAAUAUGGAAUUGUGCACAGAAUAGUUUAUUAUCAGAAUAUGAUUGUAAUAAUGAUAUUAUUGAAGAUUAUAUUUAUAAAAAAUCAAUUUUAAAAGUAAAUUUAAAAUUAAGUCAAACUAUAUGUUAUUUUUCAAUUGAUAAUAAUUGUCAAAUUCAAUUAAUUCGAACUAUUAAUAAACAUAUGAAUAAUUAUCAACAUCGUAUUCUUCUUGAUAUAUAUGUCGAAUUUUAUUAUUCAUUAAAUAGUUCAAAGGCUUCAUUAGUUAUCUAUGAUGAUAAUAAUCCAAUUGAAAUUUAUAAUGAAAUUGAUUUUCUUUCUCUACCAAAAUCUGUUAUUUAUCUUUCAAAUAGUAAUUCAAUUGCAUGGUUAACAGAUACAUCUGUAAUGAUAUUUAAUCCAUUAUAUAAAGAGAAGAUUUUUCAACCAUUUUCUCUCAUUCCAUCGGCUGAUACAAUUCAAUAUGAUUUAAUUCAUGAUAAUUAUAGUUCUGUGGCUUUCAGUGGUGGCUUAGGAAAUCUUCUAGCUUGUAUUAUUAAAGCAAAAGGUAUUGUUGAUAUUUACGACUGGUAUUAUAACAAAAAAGAACAAAAACAUGUUUCUCAUCAUUUAACUCAUGUUCAACUGGAUAUCAAUAUUGAUUGUUGUGUUUUCGAUGCAGAACAUCCCGAUGGUAUUACAUUGUAUUGCUCUGAUGGAAAAUAUCUUUAUAAAUAUAAUGCUACAAUGUUAUCUUGUCUUACUGCGUCUAAACAUUUGGUUUCAUCCGAAACAGUUCUUCAAAAACCAAGUAUACAUUUAGAUCAAUUUUUAACAUAUAUAGAUAACGAUCAGAAUUUAAAAGUUUUUACAUUAAAUGAUAAUUAUAAACUUGAUUUUCAUCUUUCAAUUCAAUCAAUUAAACAAUAUUAUUUUACUAAAAACUCAUCACAUAUUUUAGUUAUUAAUAGAAAAAAUCUUUUAUCGAUUUAUUCAUUAGAAACAUCGAAAUUACUAUGGACAACAAACGAAUUCGAACAUCGAAAACUACAAAUUCAUUCACUUCAAUCAUCAUUUAUUCUCCUAUGUCCACAAACAAAACAAAUUUUUCAAAUCGAUACAAAAUUAUUUCAAAUAAAAAUUCUUAUUCAAUUACCUAUUGAUUGUCUUACAAGUACACUUAUUUCAGAAGAUCGAUUAAUUAUUUUAUCAAAAGAUCAAACAAAUUUAAUAGAAUUUAAUUUAAUUAAUCGAACGUUAACAAUUCAAUCAUCGAUUCAAUUAAAUUCAAGUAAAAUCAUUCAAAUGUAUUCAGUAUAUGAUCAUCUUGUUUUUCAUACCUAUGACAAUCAAAUUUAUCUCUGGCAAAAAGACAAUAAAGGAUUAAAACAAUUAGAAGAAACUUCUCGUUUAAUAACCAAAGAUAAUCAACUUGUUCUUGUGUGUACAGAUAAUAAGAGAAUCAUUUUAUAUGAUUUUAAAGUAAAAUCACGCCAAAUUGCUCACUUGGAUGAUGAUGCAGGUGAAUGUGAAGUACUUUGUUUAAGUAAUAUUAAUAAAAAUGAUAAUGAACAAUAUCUUUUUAUUAUUUGUUCUGAUCGAUUGUUACGAAUGUAUCGUGUUUCAAAUGGUGAACAAGUUGUGAAAUUAUUUAUUAAUAAAGAUUUAUAUCCAUUCAUUGGAAUUUUAAAUGAUCAUUUAUUACUUAAAGUUGAGAAUCGUUUAUGUAUUAUUAAAAUUAUCGAUCGAAAAUCAUUACCAUCAAGAUCAUCUGAUGUCAAAUGUUCUCUUUUCGAAAAAAAGGAUUGGUUACAGUGUCAUCAUUUUCUUUUUCCUUGA